AUGUCUUUGUUUGGUACAUCGCCCGAAGAGGCCACCGAGGCCACCUCGAACCGCUUGUCCAAAUCAUCCCUCUUCGCCGACGAACCUAUUUCCGGCGCGAGAUCGUCAGGCUCGGCCCUGUUUGCGGAUGAUGCCGCUGGCGGCGACUCUCCGUGGGACAUGCCAACUCCCAAAAGGGCGGCGCGACACGAACUCGUGAAGACAGUCCUCCCUGCUACGGAUGUGCCUGAGAGCUAUAUAGAUGCAUACGAUUCGGUCUUGGCUUCGGGUGAUAAAGCCGGCGCAGGUGUCGGCUUGACUGCUGUUAGGGAGAUACUCUCUAGCAGCGGCCUGGAUCCAAGAGAUCAGGCGAAAAUCCUGAACCUCGUUGUCCCUGGCGACCAGGAGGAUGUGGAUGGAAUCGGGCGCAAUGAGUUUAAUGUGCUAUUGGCGCUGGUGGGCUUGGCUCAGGAAGGCGAAGAUGUGACAUUUGAUACCGUUGAUGAGAGACGGAAAAAGCUUCCACAGCCUAGGAUUCCUUACUUGGACCAGUUGAGGAACGAAGAUAAACGCCCUAGCUCCUCUCAAGAAGCCUCGGCAAGCCCGCCGCCUAAGUCCCAGCCCGAAAAUACUUCCACAGAGUCUCGAACCCUGCGACAGGAUUCCUUUGGGGUUUCUGAGUCUGAUCCAUGGGGUAGUCCUGACUUGCACCGCGGGCAUAACCAUGCCUCCGCUGGUGCCAAUGAACCGGCACUGAACGGCUACGGAAGCGUUCGAUCCGCCACCAAUGGCUGGGCUAAUGUGGCCGCUGGAUAUAACAAUCAGACAGAGUCCCAGAAUGGAGCACGCUCCAAUGGGCAGCCUGCUGGAGGGCCUCCCAGUAGCUCCGGGUCAGGGUGGGACGGGUACAAUGGUGGCUCAGGUGCAAGUUUUGGCAAUGUCGGGCAACCGGGAUUGGGGGGAUUUGGACAAUCUGGAGAUGGACAGGAUGGCCCUUCUCAAAGGCGGUCUCUUGGCGGCGGCCGAGUGACGGGAUCAGGAGUGGAGGAAGUCAUUACGAUCAACUUACUUCCGGAGAAGGAGGGUAUGUUCAUGUUCCAGCAUCGCAACUACGAGGUGAAGUCUGCGCGUAGAGGUAGCUCCGUCAUCCGAAGAUAUAGCGAUUUCGUGUGGCUGCUGGAUUGUCUUCACAAACGAUACCCAUUUCGCCAGCUUCCACUCCUUCCUCCCAAGAGAGUUGCAGCCGAUUCAAACUCCUUUCUCGAGAAACGUCGCCGAGGACUCGUCCGGUUUGCAAACGCCCUGGUCCGUCACCCGGUGCUCAGCCAAGAACAGCUUGUGGUUAUGUUUCUUACUGUCCCAACCGAGCUCUCGGUAUGGCGCAAGCAGGCCACAAUAUCCGUCCAGGAAGAGUUCACAGGCAGAGUCCUCCCUCCGGACCUCGAAGACUCCUUACCUCCAAACCUCAACGAGCUAUUUGAUACUGUCCGCGCGGGUGUCAAGCGCUCCGCUGACAUCUAUAUUAACCUCUGCACAUUGCUCGAGCGACUGGCAAAGCGCAAGGAGGGGCUCGCGGCCGACAAAUUGCGGUUUUCUUUGGCUUUGAAAUCUCUGACAGAAGCCACCAGAUAUGCUUAUGCUGUCGACACGAAUGAUAUUCCUUUGCUUAACGAAGGCAUCAACGCGACGGCAAGACAUCUUGCUACCAGCCAGACCCUUCUCGAGGAUGAGGCCAAGGCAUGGACCGAGGGAGUGCUAGAGGAUCUGAAGCGCCAGAGGGAUUGUCUUGUCAGCAUGCGCGAGUUAUUCGACAGGAGAGAUCGAUAUGCUAAAGACAACAUCCCUCAAUUGGAACGGCGCAUUGAAAACAAUGAGAAGAAGCUCCAGGAUUUGAGAGCUCGACCUCAGGGGACGGUGAAGCCCGGAGAGAUUGAGAAGCUUGAAGAAGCUAUUUUCAAGGACAAGGAGUCCAUCGUGCAGCAGCAUGCACGGGGAGUUUUCAUCAAGGAGUGCAUCCGGGACGAAAUUACGUAUUUCCAACAGAGCCAGUACCACAUUAGCCGGCUGCAUCAAGACUGGAGCCAGGAGCUGGUCAAGUAUGCCGAGCUGCAAGCGGACAAUUGGAGAAGGCUCAGUGAUGAGGUAGAAGGGAUGCCCACUGGGGACUAA